AUGGAUGUAGUGUCGAGUGGACUACUCGUACCAGCGAAGGUCGUGGAUAUUACUACCUAUCACUCGUCUUUUUAUUCACCGCCACCCACCGAGGCAUCGCGGUCUGGUUACGAUUCUAGCAGCGGCGGAGAGUCUGACAACGAGUGCAGUGCCACCGUCUGUCGUGGGGCGAGCAAUCAGUCUCAGAACCCGACUACGACAAAUGCGAGCAAUCAUGGGCAGGGAAAGCACAUAAACAAAGGAAGGUGGACCAAAGAGGAGGACGCUCUGCUGAAACAGCUAGUGAGCAACGCUGAACAACACGGAACUGGACUUCGAUGGGACACCGUAGCCGGUCACUUCCCAGACCGAAGCGACGUCCAGUGUCAGCAGAGAUGGGCGAAGGUCGUGAAUCCGGAAUUGGUUAAAGGACCAUGGACGAAAGAGGAGGACGAAAAAGUGGUAGAAUUAGUGGAACGAUACGGACCGAAGAAGUGGACGUUAAUUGCGCGGCAUCUGAAGGGUCGUAUCGGUAAGCAGUGUCGAGAACGAUGGCACAACCACCUGAACCCAGGUAUCAAGAAGACGGCGUGGACGGAGGCCGAGGACAGAAUCAUCGUCGAGGCGCACCGCAGGGUGGGCAAUCAGUGGGCGAAAAUAGCGAAAUUACUGCCGGGUAGGACGGAUAACGCGAUAAAAAAUCAUUGGAACAGCACUAUGAGGAGGAAAUAUGAGGCUGAAGAUGGUAGAUCCACCACCAGCACAAGAGGGAGAGGUAGAAGAAAAGUCACGGAGUCUUCAGUGACCUCUAAAGACACCCUGUGCACAGAGGAAGACAUCUCAAGUCAAGGUCGUUUGAAAGCAGCGUCCACGAGCAACGAGAACGCCUCGACUGUGACCACUGUACAACCUCACACUCUGGAUAUUGCACAGCUUGACUGGACCAGGGCUUGGGACAAUCAGCAGAGUAGCCAGACCUUCCAAGGUCUCCUGGGUCUGAAUGAACGUACGGAUAGCAGCGAAUCUCGGUUGGAAUCUCCUUCGAAGAGAGGGAGUUCCUCUUGUAGAGUCAAGACUGAACAAAUCUCACCCUUUACCAAGUAUUUCGAUUUGCAAAUACAAGGUGAGGCGACCAGUUCCAAGAGCUCAGAGAUCAGACUAAUGCCCAUGCCAGACCUAGAAGAAAUACCAGAUGCUAUCACGGAGAAAGAGAGGAGCAGUCCACCGCCAAUACUACGUCGACGUAGAAACACCCAGACCCUUCAGCAGAGGACGGAAACUCCUGACAGUGCGAACCAAUCUGAUUACUUGAUAAUAAGCCAGCAACAACAACAGACUGGUGACACUACCCCAUCCACGCCCAUAAAACAACUGCCAUUCAGUCCGUCACAGUUCUUGAACAGUCUGAGCCCUGAGACGUCCUCCUGGCCACGAGCGAGCACCCCCAAAGGAAGUAGCCCUGGUCCACUCACCACACCACAGCCUACUGGUCUUCGACGAAGUCAGAAUGACGGUAAUACACCAAGGACACCAACGCCGUUCAAAAACGCGCUAGCGGAACUAGAACGGCGCAGCGGCGCGACUACUCAGUUACCUGCCACCCCCAGUCGUCUAGACGCUUUAACGGAGAUCAUCAAACAGGAGACAGAUCGUGAAAGUCUAGCAGGGACUAGUACUAUCCUUCAGGACUCCGGUUACAGCACGAUCAGACGGCGGGGUAAGGAGAACAGUGCACCUGGUGGAAAAAGAGCACGUAAAGCUCUCUGUCAAGCCUGGGCAAAUGCUUCUCAGGAUAAUUCUGAAAUGAGUUUCGUUGUAGAAACACCAAGUAAAAGUUUGGACACUUCGGUAUUGUUUUCACCGGCAUCCAUGGCAUUGGAGGAUAGUUUUCUAACGGCAGGGACUAGUCCCGUGAAGACUUCCCACGACUUUGUGUCCGUACAACGGAAGCCUAACGCCAAGAGGGCGAUCACGUUCGACGCUUUCGACAGUCCCUGUUGUAUCCUCAGCUCUCUGCCGCUCAGGCCAGUCAAACGUGCUAAGCUGCACUUAGAGGCACAAUGGACAACGGUAGCAUGCGGACGCACACGCGAUCAACUCGAGAUGACGCGAGCUGCCCGACGAUUUCUCAGCAGCCAUGGAUAUCUGCCAUUGCGUCCUCGUUCUCUAAACUUUUGA